CCUAAAAAACACCACAAAAGUUGGCUUCCUCUUCAGCUUUUCCAAAUAAGAAAUUGAAACUCCCGAAGCUCGAAGAAAACAAAACCCAAUAAUCAAAACUGGGGAAACUCAUCGCCACACUGUCAGAAGGAUUCAAUCAACCUUCUAUCCUCCUCCGCCUAAAGUUCGACACACCUUGGACCUUUUUCCACCCAAAAUCGAUCCUCCAUCCCUGUCUUAAUCGCCCUGCAAGCAAGUGGAUUGCCAUGUUACUGGCCCUAGGAAGGGAAAAAAGUGACAAGAACGAAAAGCUUCUCCUCGUUUCCUUGCUUCCCAGGUGAGCGCACUAAUUCCAGAGAGGUCGUCUCUUCUGGAAUUGAUCUUGUUGAUGGCCGUUCGAGAGUCCCCCUCUAUUAUCACCUCAUGGAAACCCAUCUCUGCCGAAAAUAGAAGAGCAUGAAUCGCCGCCUUCUCCUCUGCCAUGAAAGCUAAGGUACUUUUCUUGCUGAAUCUCCUACAUGCACUGAGUAUAUUACUUUCCAUAUCUCUCGCUAUUAUUCCUGACCAAGCUUCAUUUCUAUUAUGCACAAAUCGAGCAUCGAAAUUGGUCUUCACAUGGUUCGGAGGAGGCUUCUAGCUACCAGUCAAGAGGGUUCGUGGUCCAUGGAGUUGUUCGUUUGCCUUGUCAAAAUCGUCGCAUUGAGUUCGGAUUAAGGAUUCAAGCAUUGAUAUUGUCACCUACGAGAGAUUUGGCAUCUCAAACAGAGAAAGUUAUGUGAACAAUUGGUAUCUCAAAUUUACGAUGUUUAUAAACAUCUUCCACCCGAGCUUCAAGAUUACUUGGUGUAUGGCCAUAGGACAUUCUGACGAGUCAUUGAUACUAAUUGAACCUGAAAUCGAAAGAGUCUUCAGACAAAGGAGACGUGCUCAAGAAAAUAUGUAUUAUAUUGCAAAUCAAGGCAUUGGUCAAGAGGGAGAUCAGAAUGUCGAGACAACUCCAAAUGUUGGGCAUGCUGCUAGGCCUCGUGUUAUUCGUGACCAUCUGAAUCCUAUAUUGGAUGACUUGAAUCUAGGGAUUGUGACACUGGAAAUUCGGGUAUCCCAUUUUGAGCUCAAAUCAUUCAUGUUCAAUAUGUUGAAUUCUAUAGGUCAAUUUGGGGGCAUGCCAAAUGAAGUUGCAAGGCAUCAUAUUCACAAUUUCUUAGAGGGGCCCACCUCUCGUACAAAGGAUGUGACGAUUAUGCUUGGGAGAAAAGAAAAAAUGGAAGAAUUAACCUUAAUUUUUUGGAUGGGGAGAAAAUGGAAAAAAUAAA